GGAGGGAGAUGGAGAGAGUGUAUUUGUAUAACUUUGGGAAACAUAGGAAGACGCAGCAUUGGGAACAAACUUUUCUCUCUUGGCUGCGUCCUUCUGGACUUCUUUUUCUCCACAUUUGAUCAAAGACCUCCGGCCUGUUAACAGAGCGGAGACAAGGGAUUAUAAUUUGUUUGCUUCACUAGUUAUUUCUCACUUAUUCACUUAUGUCGUUUGCAUUUUAGAUUUUGAUUAUUGCUUCACUGUCUGAGCUUUGAAGAAGGCGUGACUACAUCUGAGAUCCUUCCAAACUUGAGCUGCGGCUCUCUCCAGCUCAUGGGAGUGUGAAGCUGGACUCAGACACACACACACACACAUUAUACACACACCUGUUGUUGCUGAGGAUUCCCCAGGAUUGCAGUCAUGGGCAUCUGCGUCACUGUUGCUUGAGGGAAUCUGUGCGUCUGUGCAGCUGUUAUCUGGUUGUGGCCUCGGUGAAUGUUACAGUAGAAGUUGACCUGCCAGACGAGGGUAGAGGAGGGAGAUGUCAUCCUACUACCCACGCACCAAGGACCUGACUCGCACCAGGAAGUCAGUGGCAGAUUCACCACCGUCCUCUCCGUCCCCUACAGACAAAAACUACAGACAUGACAGAUUGUCACGAUAUGACUCCAGCGGGGAGAGUGCAACAGACAAACCUAUGGGCCGAACCAGCUCUUACACGCGGAGAGAGACGAGGCUGGCUGCUCUGAAUAAACAGGAGCAAGACUCCACUACCAAAGACUAUAAGAAGAUGUAUGCAGAAGCUUUGCAUGAGAACGAGAGGCUCAAGUCAAGGUUGCACGACAGCAAACAAGAACUGGUCAACAUCCGUUCCCAGCUGGAGAAAAUCACUCAGAGGCAUGACAGAAUAUCAGAGAGAUCUACAGCGCUUGACUCAGAGAAAAGGGAAAAACAAGCACUUGAGAAAAGAGUGUCAAACAUGGAGGAGGACUUAAAGCAGGACCCUCCACUGCGGUUCCGCUGUGGGUACCAGCCCUGAGAACAGGCUUGUCUCAGGGGAGGGGGGGAUGAUCUUAACAGAGCUCAAGUCAGACAACCAGAGGCUAAAGGAUGAGAACGGGGCUCUCAUUCGAGUCAUCAGCAAACUGUCCAAAUGAAAAGAUGUCUGAAGCUCCUGUUUUAUGUCUGUGGACGCUCAAACCCUGAUAAGGCAGAUUAAUUAUCCAUGAUGUCCCGAGUUAUGGCUCCUCUCUGAGUUAUGGUGACAGGCUGUUUUGCAGAAAUAAAUUCCUGUUGGGAAGUUCCAAAAAGUUUUAAGAAGUCAAAUUUCACAGUGUGUAAUGAUGGUGUUACAACAAGUGUUUCUACUUGAUUAGAUACUAUUUUAUAAGAGAGAAAAAAAUGUAUCUCACAUUAACCAAACAGGGACCAGUUUUACUGUUUGAUAACCUUUUAAGGCCCAAACAAAUCCAGGUGUUUGCAUGAAUGUACCGUUUCUAAUAUUAUACCCACACAUCGCGUAGAGGAAUCACAUUUUUUGCUACAUCGCGCACUGCAGAGAAGUAUUUUAAUGUUGUCUUAAAAAAGAAGAGAGGAGGCCAUUUAUUCAUUGAUGAAUGAUGUCAUGCCAAACUGGCAGAAACAUAUCAGUAAUCUUUAUAAUUUCAACCAGAAUCUGUGGCCAUAAAGGUAAAAGGAGAGCCAGCCAAGUGAGAAACAGGUGUUGUGGUUCCGAGAGAAAACUAGGUUUUCAACAUGAAUCCAUCUCGACAUCUGAGGAGCAACAAGCCUGAGAAUGUUUCGAAAUGGAGAAGACCUUCAGCUCAGCUCUCAUACAUCUUUUUUUAUAUAUAUAUAUAUAUAUAUAAUAACAAUUUUAAAAUUUGUACUCCCUGAUGUUGAUAUUAAGGCUUAAUAAGAUGCAUGUAUUGGGUUUGACAUCUUCCCCUGUAGCUUUUCUGUAAACGCUCGACCCAAAACUUCCUUUAGAGAGUUCAUGUUAUAGUAAGGCAUCAGGGCUCCACAUACUGUAUAUUGCAUUAAAACAGUCAAUCUGUACACAAAUCUGUACACAUUUCAGUCAAAUUUCCAUCAUUUUGAAAAUGAUUUUUAUGUUUACCUUACAUAUGAUAAUGUCCCCACUGUAUUUGGUCUUUUUUGAAGACUGUAUGUUAGCCCUGAAAAGCAAAGUACAGGGUAUAUGCACUUUGUACAGAGUGGACAGUGCAAACCUUUUAUCACUUAGGCAUCACAAGGAGCACGUUACGUAAUUUAGUGUUUGCCACAUUCUGGUUCCAGUAGCCAUUCUUCAUUUUUGGUUCUGCUUGUCCUUCACAGAGGAUAUUUAUAUUUUUAUCCAAUUUAUUAUCCAAUGGCUCAGCUUCGAAACAAAAGAAUGGCAACACAGAGGAGACAGUCUGAGUCUGUGUGUGUGUGUGUGCGUGUGGAAGAAAGCGUCCAAUGUUUUGUUUUAUAAUAGAGAUAUAUUUAUUUAUUUAUGCAUUUCUUCGUUUUAAUCUUUAUACUUUGUUUACUCCAUUUCAUUUCAAACGAAUGUGCCGAUUAUUUUGACCUAUUGGCCAUUUUUUCUGUUUGGUGAUGGAAAAAACACAAAUGCCAAAAUGGUCCAGUGUCACCGCUGACGUUUUAUUCUCCACAGUGUUGUUGUGUGAUCCUAAAAAAAUCAGGAAGAAUCCAAAGUUUUGAGGAAUAAACUGUUGCUAGCACUUUUCAUCAUAUGUGGUGUAGAUUACAUACAUGCUGUCUCAAUCCUUGGUGUGUAUAUGUCACAAUAAAACAAGUUAAAUGAAUAAUCACGCUAUUAGUAUUCUGAGUUGCCAGUUUAUUAGGUGCAGACCACAGCCCCACAGGCCUUUUUGUUCUGGUCGUUUAGGAGACCGUACUUACUGGUGCUACUGCCUUGUGUUGCAUUAUAUUGAAAAAUAUUUGGUUUCCACACAAUGUUUGAAAAAUUCUAAAUGUUAACUUAUCAUGAGAAAUAAAAAUAAAACCAUGAAAGAGGCUGCUGCCUUGCAGUGAUUCUUCAUGGAGUGCCUUCACCUUCACUGUAUUUCAUAAAGAGCAGAUAAAAUCAUCCCUUGCUCAAAACAGUGUGCUAUUUAUCAUAUUAAUGUAUGAAACUGCCAGACUCAGCUUCACAUUUGUAUUAAAAUUCCUACAGCUGUAGAGUUGCUACAGGUGAUGGAUUGCGUGCCGGAGACAUGAAUGAUUUUGGUAUCUGUCUUCAGUUCAUUUAAUGGGCGAGUUGACCAAAGUCCCAGUGUUUGAUGUAUUCAUUUAAUAAUGUAAUGGUUUGGGUGUCGAGCCAGGGCAGCAUGAUGUAACGCCAGUGUUAUCUUUGGUCACAUCCAGUAAACUGAUUUACUCGACGGCUACGAAUAAGAUGUCAGCUUUUUUUUUUCUACACCUGAUGUAGAUGUAUUGAACUAUGCAGUAUAUUGUAUUGAAACGUUUGAAAUGUGAUGAUAGCUCAAUGUGCACACACCGGUUUACUCACUUUGCUUAAUAAACUGUAAAGGAAUGAAAACGUUUCUCUGCGUGGCAUUAAUAAAUUAUGUAUCCGAAGCAGAGAGAUUAUUAGGAGCCAGCUGAGCUGAACACUCUGCAUAUUAAACACAAACAAGUCAUGGUAAUUAAAAGGCCUUUAUUUCCUAUUUGUUUUUUUACAGAACUGGUAACACAUAUGAUAAAUUUGUAAUAAGUUAUUUGGUUCCCUUGAUAACUUUUAUAAGGAUCCCCAACGUUUGUCCACAUAAGGGUCAAGAGGAGUUUGUGAGCAACGUUUGUGUCCAGUCAAGGGCUAAAGCAUGCGAUCCACAGUAGGCACAAGUACUGACAUGAACACGCGCACCACGACACUAGACACGAAGAAACACAGCUAGAGGACACAACCUGACUGUCCUCCGAUGCUUUAAAAGAUGAAGAAGAAGAGAAAGAGGUGGGGAAAAAAGAAAAGAAAAAAAGGAAAGAGUCUUGAGAGUACAGUUGCAUCAGGGGGGUGGCAGGUGGAGGACUAAGCGCUCAAGAGGGGGAGUUUGGUACGGUCCUGCAUGUUUGGCAGUAUACAGUAUGUCCAUGUUGUAAACAUGAAGGCCGGCAUUCUUUACGCUCAGGAAAAGCAGAUUCGGAGGAGAAAUCAGUGAGCCUGCUUCCUAUUCCUGCUUCAUGAUACUGAUGGUACAUAGCUGGUUACACGUAAGAAACAGGACAAAGACACAAAAAAAACAAAAAAAAGCAAACGUGACUCUGGCGUUGAUUCAAAUACAGUCCUACAUUCUACAUUAAGAAGAUACACAUCACAAAACCGAGAAAGAGAGAGAGAGAAAAAAAACCCCGACAGAAGGAAGGAGUGAUUACACAUAUGCACAAGAAUACAAAGAAGAAGAAAUACAGCGAGUAAUAGAGGAGACAAGACAACAUGUUUCAAAGUGGCGUCUUUACCCGCUGAGAGGCUUCUCAACACAUUUUGACAAGGUGAUAAAUGAUCUAUUGAACUUUGGAUGGUUUCCCUUUUUAAAUCCCAGCGUUUUGUUCGAAAAGCAAACAAAGACAAGCAAAAGAAAACCCACAACUAGUGUGUGUGUGAACGGUGCUCUAAAACGCCAUCUGCACUGUUUCAGAUGCAGUUGUGCAUAAGGUAUUGUUUCAUCUACGCAGCUAUCAACAGAACACAAUAACCCCCCCCCCAAGUGUAACUAAGAUUGUUUGAGUAUUACGGUCAUACACACACAGAGAUGUACAUUUAAGAAUGAGUAAUGUGUCCCGUGCAUGCAGACCUGUACUGUAUAUUAAAGUUAUAUAUUCCGGUGCUUUGUUUUUGCACCAUGUCUGCUAAAGGGCCUACGCUUCAUCUAUUUAAUCUCACACACACACACACACACACUCACACAAAGCACACACAGCUCCCAGUUUUCUGUCCCCCAUAGAACUCACGGUGGUCACGUGACUGCAAUGACCCCGAAGCAGUAAUCAAUAAAAUCAAUAGAUAAAUCUCUUAAGUGUGCUAUAAUAAAUUAACCUGUAAUCACAUUUGCCUCGUCAUCUGACGUGUUCUGUUUGCCUCCGCGUGACUUGUUAUUUUGGCUUUUUGUAGAUUCAAACAGCGUCGACGAAUGCAGGCAACUGUGAUCAGGUAGUGGCAGUAUUUUCUGUGACACACUGUCAAAUCUUAUAUUUGAAUUAUUCUCAGUGCAUCAUUUGGUCACAGUCAGUAGCAUUAACGGGACAAGCGGAUAAAUAUAAUAUUGCAUCAGACAACAUAUUGUUGUCAGGAGUAGAUAGAUGGCAGUUUAAGGUUUACUUCAGAGAAUUCAGCAACUGAGGUAAAAAGUAAAGGACAGUUUUUUUCCACCAUUUUUUUUUUUUUACCGCUCUUAUUUUAAGUAUGAGGCCGGACCCUAGAAGAUGAUUAGCCUAGCUUAGCACAAAGACUGGAGGCAGAGGGAAACUGCUAACCUGGCUCUAUGGUAAACAACAAACCAGGUGAGCUUUAAAGCGCACUAACACAUUAUAUCUCAUUUGUCCAAUUCGCACACAAGCUACAGCCGGGGGCCAGCUGCAGCGAGGACUAUAGCCUCCACACACGGGGCGGCCCCUUAACCCACUACGCUACCGACCAUCCCUUCCUGGAGUCUUUUUGUCGGGUAACCAGCUGAGACAUGAUUGAACUUUAAAGUCGCCGGCACCUUUUUAUUUGUACCUUCGUCUCUCCAUUUGUUUCCAGUCUUAUGCUAAGCUAAGCUAAGCGUCCCCUGGCUCCAUACUUUAGCACACAGAUACACAGAGCGGUAUCGAUCUUCACUUCAUAUCAUGUGCUGUGACAUAAUAUUUAUAUUUUCAUUUUUUUUUUUUUUUUUUUGUGAAAAUCAUAACUCUAUGCAUAGUUCUAUGGGAGGGGAUUCGGGCCUAAAACUUGGGUGCCACCAUAUUACGUUUCUCUAUUUUUGUUUUUUGUUUUUUCUUUAAUAUUGUCGGAUCUCUAAAUAUAUCAGUUUUGUUGCUUUAUGCUAAAUGAACCAACAAAACCCGUCAGCGAUCAGCCAUCGAUCACCAGCAGUGCGUUAUUGAUUGUACACGUAGUCACUAGUACAUUCUGCUGCUAAAACUGGAAGAAGAGAAACUUGAAGAGUGACCCAGUUUGGUUCAUAAAUUGCACUCAGCCCAAGAAUAGAACACACUCUCAUAUAUAUAUAUAUAAUUUUAGCAGUAUUAUUGAGAAUCUAUGGUGAUAUUAUAUCUAUUAUUUAUACUAUCAAAACAAGGCAUAUACAUUAUUAAUCACAAUACUGUAAAAUCAGCUACCUCUAUGAAACAAGGACAUCAACAGCUCGGAAAGUAGAAAAAGACACACUCACUCUACUAAACUCACAACUGUUCUCAGUGGUCACAUAUACAGUAAAAUGGAUUUUGCCCUCUUGAUGAACAAAGACCUCUGAACGGAAUGUAAAAGAGAAACACUAGCCAAGGAAAAUGAAGACAUGUCAGAUAUUUCUUUUCUUCAUAAAUAAACUCUAGCUACUCAGCUGAGCUCUAAAGAGUUAGUGCUUGAGUUUUAUGGCUUUAGUUUUUAUCUUAUUCAUUUAUCUUGUAUACACAUACACAUAUUGUUUAAUAAACCACAGUAAAAGAGACACAGCCGUGAAGGGUUUCAGGUCAUUUAAAUAGAAGAGAAAAAAUAAAAACUUCCAAGGAAAGAAAGAGAAGAAAAAGAAGAAGAAGAAGAAGGGAUUCCAAGUCAUUUUGUCUUUAGUAGAAUAAUGGGAUUAUUCAUCUUUUGGCCCCUGGAAAAUACAUUUCACACAAAGAUAUGAUCCAACAGACUUCGUUCUGGGUCAGUACUGGCACAAAUAACAACUCCUACAAUCCACCUACCGAUCGCAUUAUUAUUCAAUCUUCUUCUAACGAGUUAUCUUAGAAUAACACCGUGCCAAAUCCGUUAUUAGAAAACAGUUCUAGACUUGGAAACCCCCCCCUGCCCCUCUUCUCCCAUCCCAAACAAGAAUUGAAAAACAUAUCUGCAAUAUCAAUAAAGUCAGAAACAAGUCAAACAUUGGCCUUCAGAUAAGUGCUGAAACGAAACGUAUGGCAAAUAAAAUGGUAUCAAAUGAAAUAAAAAUAAAAAAAUCGGAUCACAAGGAAUUAGAUAGCAAGCAUGCGGCUACAUUUUCAUCCUACAUGAACUCACGCACAGUACUGGACGACACACUUGCUUACGAAUUUCAGGCGUGGAAAGGUUCUUAUUAGUAAUAGUAACUCUUAUAUCUGAAUGACAUUCUCUCAAAUGACCCUCAUGGAAAAUAAAUACACAUUUUGUUUCAUUUAGAAAAUAUACAGUGCAUCUUUUUUUUUUCCCCCUUCGUCGUGUUAUUAAAAUGACAAAUGACACCCAUUUACGUACACGAGAUAUUUUUGCUUCGUCUCUAAAACAUGCUCUUAUGUACAGUAUUUUUGUAUAAACAUGCAGUAUCAACGUGUAUGAACUAUGUAUAUAGGCAAAACUACACACCAAUGGGUUUGCUUGAUUGCUUCCAUGUUGCCUUUUUCUUUAGCGCUGCUUCGUCAACAGAAGAAAAAAGAUCAUGUGUGAUGAGAAACAGAAAUCUGAACAUGGUCUACAGGUAUGUUGCUUAUUUAAAAAAAAAUAAUAAGGAGUUACAAUUUCCAACAAAGAAAACAAGAGCCGACAUUCAUUAAAAUUCCAAAAAGAAAGUUGCUGUACUGUCUACAUUUGAUUUACAUUGACUCUGCAUUGUCAAUGGGUAUUUUUUGGACCUGGGUCCAAAUACCUGAUGCAUAUCAGGAUAUUAAUUAGCAAUUAAGCUUUCACCAAUUUGUUCAGGGAAGACGAGACGUUUUUGAAAUUUCUCUUCAAAUAUUGAACCAAUUUCAUUCUGUGAAGAAGCCAGGGAGCAAUAUUAGAUUGGAAUGUGUCUCUCUUUAAAUGUUUUAUCAGUGCAGUCCGUUUAUACGAGGAGACCUGUCCGGCAUGCCACAUGUGCCACAGAAAAAUUCUCACAUCCCAACAACAUUUUUAUCAAUAAAACAAAAAUAAAAGCACAGAUCGUAGAACAGUGUCAAAUUACCACAGAACAGAAUGACACCCAGUAGUGCAAUUAAAUUCAACAGUUUGGUAAGCUGUGUAUUAAAUACACACGGAUCAGUGCCUUCUUCCAGACCAUAUCCUUGCAAUCGAGUGAGAAACGUAAUAUUCAAACAAUCGAAACACGUACACUGAAAGCUGAGCGGAAACAAAAAGCAUUGACGACAACAACAUAAAAAAAAAAAACUGCUUACAUAACGCACUCCCUUGCUCUUUUUUUAAACUAGCAGUUAUUCCUAACAUAAACACUUAAAGCUCUGGUUUCUGAGGGUACUUAAACACAACAUUUGGAUUUAAAGUGCUCGAGGAAUCAAAGAUAAAUGAAAUAAAUCUGGAUAAACAAAAAAUGCGAUAGAAAAAAUAAGAAGAAGGAAAGAAAGAAAUGAAGAGAACAACACCGCUAACUGGAAGGCGUCCCUGGUAAGUUGAAAAUUGCUUAUUUUGUUACUUUGAAGGCUUGUCUCCUUUAUGACUGUAAGACGGUUAUAGGGAUUCCUUUGAAGUAAAACCCUUGUGUCAAGUCCAUGACUAAUGGCAGUAGCACUGAACAAGUGAGAUACAGAAUCAGAGGCAUUGGGAGGGGAGGUGGUAGACUGCAGGCAGUAUUCGACACCUUGUAAAUAUCAUGUCAUUGGUGGUUGGAAUCAGUCUCUGUUGUACCCGCUCUGAUAUUUCCUUGCUUUUUUUUUUUGUUUUUUUGUUUGUUUUUUUGUUGCUGCUCAGAUGACAGGCGCAACAUUUUUGCGUCGUCAAAAAAAAAAAAAAACGCUUUUUUAAUAUUUUUUUUCUUUUUUACUGAAAAUCCAUCACUCCCUGUUCCCUGACAUACCAUUUCAUGGAUAUACUAACACUAGUCGUGAGCCUUACAUCACCGGAAAAACAAAACAAAACAAAAA